AGACUGUCAACCAAUUGUCAAUUACUCUUCUAAAAAAAAGGCACUUUCAUACCUUUCAAAUCGACACAAGAGCGUUAAACCAACUCAAACCAAGUAAAUAAGCAUCAAUGCUUGCUUAGUCGAAAUAACAAAAAACAAGAGUUGGACAACAAAGAAUAAAAAAUGAUGCUAACAACAGAGCACAUCAUGCAUGGCCACCACCACUCAUCAGUGGGUAUGGGAGUCGGUCAAAGUGCAUUGUUUGGGUGCUCUACGGCAGGUCACAGCGGGAUCAACCAAUUGGGCGGCGUGUAUGUCAACGGCAGACCGCUACCCGAUUCGACGAGGCAGAAGAUCGUCGAGUUAGCUCACUCCGGUGCACGUCCAUGUGAUAUUUCGCGGAUACUUCAAGUGUCCAACGGUUGCGUAAGCAAAAUAUUGGGGAGAUACUAUGAAACUGGAUCAAUAAAACCACGCGCGAUAGGUGGUUCAAAGCCACGAGUAGCCACAACACCCGUUGUACAAAAAAUUGCUGAUUAUAAACGUGAAUGUCCCAGCAUUUUUGCGUGGGAAAUUCGUGAUCGACUACUUUCGGAACAAGUAUGCAAUAGUGAUAAUAUCCCAAGUGUUUCAUCAAUUAAUCGGGUGCUGCGCAAUUUAGCGUCGCAAAAGGAGCAGCAGGCACAGCAACAAAAUGAGUCUGUCUAUGAGAAGCUUCGCAUGUUUAAUGGACAAUCUGGCGGUUGGGCUUGGUAUCCAGGCAACACAACGACGGCGCACUUAGCACUGCCGCCAACACCUACAGCAGUACCAACGAAUUUAUCUGGGCAACUAUCACGAGAUGAAGUUCAGAAACGAGAUCUUUAUCCAGGCGAUAUUUCUCAUCCAAACUCCCACGAUAGUACUUCAGACGGCAAUUCGGACCAUAAUUCUUCCGGAGACGAAGACUCUCAGAUGCGCUUACGUCUGAAACGUAAGCUUCAACGUAAUCGUACCUCAUUUACCAAUGAACAAAUCGACAGUCUUGAAAAAGAAUUUGAACGGACUCACUACCCUGAUGUUUUUGCGCGGGAAAGGCUUGCGGAAAAAAUUGGUUUGCCAGAGGCACGUAUUCAGGUUUGGUUCUCGAACCGACGAGCUAAAUGGCGGCGAGAGGAGAAGCUCCGUACACAACGCCGCUCAGUUGACAAUGUGGGAGGUGGAGGUACCACGAGCGGAAGAACAAGCACAAAUAACACAUCCGGAAGCGCUACGUCCACUAAUGUCACCGCCGCAAGCAAUUCAACACCUGGCAUCGUCAGCUCAGCUGCCGAAGUCUCUAGGCCAACUUUAACAGAGUCCUCUAAUGACCCAACAAUUCAUGGCGGCGACGUCAACGUCUCAAUUCCCAACUCCGAGAGCCCACCAUUGCAAGCCGUCGCUCCUCGACUUCCCCUGAACACUGGGUUCAACCCCAUGUACUCAUCUAUCCCGCAACCUAUUGCUAGCAUGGCCGAAAACUAUAAUUCUAUGACCUCGUCGUUAAGCUCAAUGACUACCACAUGCUUACAGCAGCAAAGAGAAAGCUACCCAUACAUGUUUCACGAUCCACUAUCCUUGGGGUCACCUUACGCAACCCACCCACGAAACACACCUUGCAAUCCAGCAGCGGCCCACCAACAGCCGCCCCAGCACAGCGUUUACGGCAAUGCUCCACCCGUAGGCACUACUAAUACAGGUGUAAUAUCCGCCGGUGUCUCCGUGCCCGUGCAAAUAUCCGCACAAUCCGUAUCAGAUUUAUCGGGCAGCAAUUACUGGCCGCGACUUCAGUGAUCCUCGAUCUUUAAUUUAAAGGCUGGUUUGCUAUCGUCAGCAGCCGCGGCCGCUGUAAUUGCUGUUACCAACGUCGAGGACAAUGAGCAGUCUCAUAGGAAAACUGUUAUCAGUAAACCUUCUUCAGAUACCCCACCAAUUAUUCUACCGCAAUCAGCCACAUCAACUUCCACCCUGUACUACAACUUGAUGGAGCCAUCGACAUUCUCUAAACCGUUUCAUCCUUUAAAUUAAGACUCUGUCACACAACCAAAAAAUUCUAAUCUUUAAAAGGCAUCCAAAUACAAUUUAACAUUUCUAAAUUAAAUCGGAUUAAGAAUAAAUGUAUCCACAAUAUUCUAUCAGAUUAACAAUAAUUCUUCCCCUUCGCACCAUCAACGUCAGCUGGGCCAAGAUAAGUGUAUCUUACAAAUAAAGCUAAUAUCGAAUGAAAUUGCAACGAAACUUAAAUUCCAAAAACUCAUUUUAGCCAGGAACACCUCCGUAGAAAUAAGCAUAAGUUAAAUAAAAUAUAU